AAAGUGUCAAAAUGAAAUGCCCUUAUAAACUUUUAAAAAAUGACCAAUGAUUUCAAAAAAGUGUCCAAAUGGCAGUGGAAGCACUGUAUGAUGGAAAAUGGCUCGAAGAGAUGCGUGGAAAAAAGGCGAUGUCUGUGUUACUGAUAAAUACAAGACUUCACAGACAUGCAUCUAUUGUUUUGAGUAUUUAGAGCGUCUUUGUUUUGUUGAAGAGAAGAAUGAAAAGGCGAUCAAGAGAUCAACAAAGGUUAGCUUGAUGUGUGUCAAUCUUGAAUGUGUCUCUGUAAAGCAUGGUCGAUCAACCAAGUCUCGGGAUGCCCUCUCAUCUCUUACAAUAAGACUAUCUGUGCUGACCUUGUGCCUUCUUGGGAUACCUAUACUCCACUUCUCUCAGUCUAAAAUCAGUCAAUAUGAAACUGAAGAAUUUAAGAUUCAAGCAUUUGCCCUUCUGCGAUGCAAUUAAGAAAUAAUUGGGUAAGAUUUUUUUUAAUAUCUCAUCCAAUCUCUAAUUUUGUAAUUACAUUCAGUUCCCUUUUUUUCUUUUAAGUAUAAAACACUAUCAAGAUGAGUACCAUCGUGUUCCCCACUGAACUCUCACUUGAAAACCGUAAGCCCGGGUAUGCAGGCAAUCUUACUGAAGAACAAGUGAGCAAAUUAAAAGAUAUUUGGUCUCGUCUUUUGAUCUUAUUUG